GAUAAUGUCGGAUGUUAAAACUGUCAGGAUAGGUUGUGAGCACUAUGCCCGCAAGUGUGUGUUUGUGGUAAGCGUAUGUUGGACUCCCUUUUAGCAGGAGCUACCCCUGGAGCAGCAGGCACAGUCACAGAAAGUGGAUGGUCAAAUUCUAUCAUAUUUGACCUUUACAUGAAAAAUCAUUUGUAUUUGCCAGCUAGAGACAGUGGUUAUGUUUGAUAUUAUAUGAUGGCCUCAAGAGUAACGUAUCUUUGCCAUUGAUUGAAUGGGCAAAAAAAGAACACAUCAUUCUGUUUGUUUUGCCCCCUCACUGUAAUCAUCUGUUACAGCCCUUAGAUGUCAGUUGCUAUGGGCCCCUAGAACAAGCCUGGAAUUCUGCCUGCCAUAGACACUUAAGAGAAAGGGGUGGUAAUGCCAUCACGCGGUAUGAAGUGUGUGUGCUUGCUUGCAGAGCGUGCACAAGUACCCAGACUGCCUCAUAUAUUCAGGCAGCUUUUAGAAAGUCGAGUGUAUUUCCCUUAAAUCCAAAUGUGAUAAGCCCCUUGGAUCAUGCUCCAUCAACAGCUUUCAAAAAUAACAACUCAACUCAAGCUGUUCCUGAAAAAUCAGAUGAAUCAUUUUUUCAAACAAAAGGUGGUCAGAUUCUAAAAAUGUUCAACAGAAAAAGCCAAGGAAUACCCUAAGUAAAGUUGUGGGAGGCAGAGCUAUUAUAACAGAAUCGCCCGUUGUUGGCGCAAUAAAGCUUCACUUGAAGUCACAGAGCAAACAGUGUAAAGAUGUCUCUUCCGCUAUACCCAGUUCCUCCGGCCUUCAGGUGAAACGAAAGCAGCCCCCAGUUGAAGAGGUGGUCAGCUCUGACUCAGAUGACAGUGACAUUGCAGAGUCUGACAAGACUAUAGUGCAUUAUGUGCAAGCUCUUCUAUCCCCCUUGCACUGACAUAAAGCUUUCAUUCAUUAACAUCGUCAAGUGGGGAUGUUGUGAUUUGUGUCAAGGAUGGGUACAUUUGUCAUUUUGUACACAAAUCAAAGUACUUAGGCGGGCUGACUCUUUCCUUUGCCCUAAGUGUACUUCUGAAGAUUAAUAAAAUAGACAGCUGACAUUAAUAAAACUGUAAAUCAGUUAUUAAAGCUGCUAAUUUCUGUUCAAACUAGUUAAAUACAUUUUAAAUAUGUUCAUUGUUUAAUUGGACCAUACCCCUUAUCUUUGUUGAAGAGUAUGGAACUAUUUACUAUUAGUGCAACACAACCGUCGAAAAUACCCCACCGAUACGCAGAACACAACCGCACCAUGCUGUAAGAAAUUUUACAAAUGCCGUGUGUGCCAUGAUGACAAUGAGACUCAUGUGAUUGAUCGCAAGGCAGUGGAACACAUCAAGUGUAGCAUGUGUGAUCUGGUGCAAAAUGUGCGAAAUAUCUGUGAGGGCUGCAAUGUGGUGUUUGGGAAAUAUUUCUGUGAGAAGUGUCGGCUGUACGAUGAUGAGGACAAGGGUCAAUUCCACUGUGACGAAUGUGGACUGUGCAGGAUUGGAGGACGGUCCAAUUUCUUCCACUGUGAAAAGUGUGGCACAUGCUUGUCAAACCAUCUAAAAGGGAAACACAGGUGCAUUGAGGAGAUAUCCCGCCGUAAUUGUGCAGUGUGUCUAGAAGACCUGCACACAUCCAGAAGUAAUGCCCACAUCCCACCUUGUGGUCACUUACUACACAGGGCUUGUAUGGAGCAAUGUGCACAGACAGGCAACUAUUACUGCCCCACAUGUGCUGAGAGCCUGUUUGACAUGAAGCAGGCGUGGAAGAUACUGGACCAGGAGGUGGCCAAUACCCCCAUGCCUGAUGAGUACAAGGACUACCAUGUGGCAAUACUCUGCAGGGACUGUCAUCAGGAGAAUAAGGUUCUGUUUCACGUGAUAGGAUUGAAAUGCCCGAAAUGUGGCUCCUACAACACAUGUCGCUCAGGUGAACGAUACGAGACUACCAAUGUCACACCACAGAUACAGCGUCAGAUGUCUGAUGUAGUUCAGGAACAGUGGUCAGAAGAAGCACAUGGUCAAGGGUCAGAUGGGGCCCAGGGUACUAGGUCAGAUGUGGUCUAGGAUCAGGGAGGGCAGGAAUUGGAGUUGCUGAGGUCGUUGGUUGAUUCCUCAACAGGGGCUGUCUCAACAUCGUCAUGUUUUAGUUUUAAUAACAGUCAGGCAGGGGUCAUCUCAAGGUCAUCAGUGAUAGAGAUUGGGAAAGAUGAAGUGUUGGGUAAAAGAAGAUAUACCAGGUCAACUGAAGAAGGUGGGGAAGUUUCAUGGAAUGGUGAGGGAGAUUUAUGAACCCAGUCUAAUCAAUGUGUUUGACAUUGUAGUGUUCAAACCUUUAGAUGGCCUUAUAUUUUAUGGCCCGUAAAAGGUGACGAUCCGUAAUUAUUACUGAUAAUGCCCCCCUUCGAAGAAGAGGGGGUAUAUUGCUUUGCACAUGUCAGUCUGUCGGUCUGUCGGUCCGUCCACCAGGUGGUUUCCGGAUGAUAACUCAAGAACGCUUGGGGCUAGGAUCAUGAAACUUCAUAGGUACAUUGAUCAUGACUUGCAGAUGACCCCUAUUGAUUUUGAGGUCACUAGGUCAAAGGUCAAGGUCACGGUGACCCGAAAUAGUAAAAUGGUUUCUGGAUGAUAACUCAAGAACGCAUAUGCCUAGGACCAUGAAACUUCAUGGGUAGAUUGAUCAUGACUUGCAGAUGACCCCUAUCGAUUUUGAGGUCACUAGGUCAAAGGUCAAGGUCACGGUGACCCGAAAUAGUAAAAUGGUUUCCGGAUGAGAACUUAAGAACGCAUACGCCUAGGAUCAUGAAACUUCAUGGGUAGAUUGAUCAUGACUGGCAGAUGACCCCUAUCGAUUUUGAGGUCACUAGGUCAAAGGUCAAGGUCACGGUGACCCGAAAUAGUAAAAUGGUUUUCGGAUGAUAUAUCAAGAACGCAUACGCCUAGGAUCAUGAAACUUCAUAGGUAGAUUGAUCAUGACUCGCAGAUGACCCCCAUUGAUUUUGAGGUCACAAGGUCAAAGGUCAAGGUCAUGGUGACCCGAAAUAGUAAAAUGAUUUUCGGAUGAUAACUCAAGAACGCUUUUGCCUAGGAUCAUGACACUUCAUAGGUACAUUGAUCGUGACUCGCAGAUGACCCCUAUUGAUUUUCAGGUCACUAGGUCAAAGGUCAAGGUCACAGUGACAAAAAUCGUAUUCACACAAUGGCUGCCACUACAACGGACAGCCCAUAUGGGGGGCAUGCAUGUUUUACUAACAGCCCUUGUUUUAAAAUAUUUUUUGCAUAUUUUAUUUAUAAAGGUUAUCAAAAAAUAAUUAAUAAAUGCUUUUGGACAUUACCAUAAAAAAAUGAGCAAUACAACUUGUUUCGUGCUCAAAAUACAGUGUCCUCCAAGUCAAUUGUGUUUACAAACAAUCAGUAUAUUUAUAUCGCUGUUUACUCAUUCAUGCCGAUCGAUUCUGAGCCAGUUUUCCGAUAACAAAUUUUGUUUGGUCGGCACAAGACAUUGUGUAUCAUGUGACCAGGUCAAGGGUGAAGAGGCCAGACAUUCAAAACAAAAAAAAUGGCGUAAAAAAUGAAAAGUAUAUUAAAACAAGUAUGCAUGAUGCAAUUCCAUGUUAAACAAAAUAUUGUACAACACAAAAAUAUCUCACCAAUCUCAUGUUCUCUUGAUUUGUUUACGAGGAUAUUGUGUUGUUUGUACUACGUCAUCAAUAAAUGCGUACUUUACGAAAGAAGCUGAGUAACAUCAGAGAUAGCGAAAAUGUACGGAAAUUGCAAAGUUGUAAACAUUUCUGCAAAUUAUGAAACGGUUAUAUCUUCCAUAAUUCUUGACAACGUUGCACCUAAGCUGUAUUAUCAUUCUUUAUGCAAGAGUAACUGAAAUCCGAUAAAAAUUAGACCAGUUUAUAUGCAUAAUAAUUGGAUUUGUCACCUUUAAUGGGCCUUUAAUAAUUGUUAGUUCAGUAAAUAAACUAGAUACAGUUUUUGUAGUUGUUGAAGUCUGAGGGGCAGCACUUUAGAUGUCUGAAAUGUUUAAUAUGCACAUAAUAGCUCAUCUGAGCACAACAUGAUCCUUGUUAGUCUUCAUGAUCACCUUUUGUCUGUCAUGCGUCGUAAUCAUUUACCUUAUAAUCAUUCUAGAGGCCACAUUAAUUGCAAAAUCUAAAAUUUGGUCAGAACAUUUGUUCCAAAGAUAUUACAGCCGAGUUCAAACUACAUGUACAAGACAGGCUAGUGAACAUUCUAGAGGCCACAUCUUUGUCCCAUCAUAAAAUGUAUAUUUGUUGUGAACAUAUAAUGGCUGAUUUCUAUAAUGGUUCUCUAUAACAUGACACAAAUUGAUCAAAACAGUACAGUUCCUUCCACAUUCAGUCGUGCUACCUAUUGCAUUUGGCUCUCUUGCUAAGAAUUACAUAAUGUAUUUCUGUUAUCAAAGGAAACCUACUGGUAUGUUUUACCUGUAAUAACAGGAGGUUUCUUUUUUAGAACCAAGCUGAUACCUUCAUCAUCAAAUCAUUUUUAUGAAAUAUUUAAUAUUUACAACUGCUAUGCAAUAUUGUGUUAACAAAGUGAAUUUUAAUAUUUUUGUAGUUUUUUAUGUGUGUGUAAUUUGUUUCAUUUCAACGUCUAAAGAACUAUAGAAAAUACUAAAUGACUAUACUUAUGAGUAGUCUUCACAAUCAGAUAAGUGAAGAGAGUCUGUGACAGUGUAUUUUGAUUCAUUUAAGAUGUGACCCAGCUGUAUUUAUUGCAUUACCGUUUAACUAGAAUGUACAUUUUUUACACGAGGUUUGUUCUAUUUCAUCUGGUAUUUUGUAUUUCAAUGUACAAUAUUCAUCUUGAAGCAUUCAUGUUUUUUUAUCUGACUUGUGCACAUGGUUAGCCAUUGUGGUCAGUCUAUCAGGUGUCAUCUGUCUUCAAUCUUGAGACUUAACCCAUUUAUGCCUAGUUGACUCUCCCAUCCUUCUAAAUUGGAUCAAUUUAUUUCCAAAAUUAGGGAUGUCUAGUAUAUUUAUUUCUAUAUUUAGAAUCUUUCUUACAGAAAUUCCUUUAAGCAAAACACGCAUGAUGCGGCGUCUCAUCAGGGUCUACGCUGUUUGCCAAGGCCUUUUUUCUAGACGCUAGGCAUAAAUGGGUUAAUCCCUAUCUGUGAACUCAGGUGAGACUUAAGAGCCAUCAUGACCAUCUAACAUGUGUAUAGUCGAUCUUUGAAACAUCAAGACCCUCCAGAUUUGGUUUGUUAAAUUGCAUGGUUUUCCCAAUUGUGAAAGUGUCAUAUAGUAACCCUGGGGUCAAAAUUGGCCCUUCAUACGGUUUUUAUUGUUUUCCUUUUGUGUAUUUACUGAAUGCUCGAAAAACCUCUGAAACCGCAAGGCCCAUAGAUUUUGUAUAAUAAACUAUUUGGCACAUACCGGUAAUCUCAUAGGGUUGUCUGUUACAUAGUUUGUUGAUUUAAUAUUUUCUUGGGCUAAAUUGGCCCCACCAUAAGGGUCACUUGUUUUCCUUUCAUGUAUAAAGUGCAAACUUUAAAUAUUUUUUCUGAAAAGGCAAGGACUAGAGAUUUGGUAUUUGACAUGUAACAGCUUAUGGUGAUCGUCUUCAAAGGUUUUUUAACUCUGGAAAAGAGUACAAACUCACCCAAUAAUAGCUAAUGAAAUCGGUUGUUACACUCGUAAUUUAUUAGCUCGGCUGUUUUCGGAGAAAAGCUGAGGUAUUGUCAUAGCCAGCUCGGCAUCCGGCGUCAGCCGUGCUAAAACCUUGACAUUUUCCUGUAACAUCAAAGUGCUUCCACCUACAACGUUGAAACUUCAUAUGUACAUGUAGAUGCACCUUGAUGAGUUCUACAUGCCACACCCAUUUUUGGGUCACUAGGUCAAAGGUCAAGGUCACUGUGACCUCUAAAAAAAAAAAAAAAAUUUGACAAGCUUUCGCAGCCGAGCGUGGCACCUGUUAUGCGGUGCUCUUGUUGCAAUUUACUUAAUUGAAUUUAAUUAUAUAAAUUGUUAUUAAUUUAUCUCUUUUAAAGGGAUCUUUUCACGCUUUGGUAAAUUGACAAAAUUGAAAAAAGUUGUUUCAGAUUCGCAAAUUUUCGUUUUAGUUAUGAUAUUUGUGAGGAAACAGUAAUACUGAACAUUUACCAUGGUCUAAUAUAGCCAUUAUAUGCAUCUUUUGACGAUUUUAAAACCUAAAAAUUAUAAAGCGUUGCAACGCGAAACGAUUGAAUAAUUUGGAGAGUUCUGUUUUUGUCGUUAAAUUUUGUGAAACUACGAAGAUUGCUUAUAUAACGUAUAAAAUACGGCUAGUAUGUGUACUCGGCGGAAUAGCUCAGUAGGCUAAAGCGUUUUUACUUCAGGACUCCAGGGGUCACUGGUUCGAAACCUGCUCCGGGCAAUGUUCUUUUCCUUUUUUAAAUUUUAUUCUUGAUUUUUUUACUGGAGCUUUUACGAUCCAAUGUUUACAUUUAUCAAUAUAAAGCAUUUAAUGAAUAAGUUUAAAAAAUGCCAAAAUCUGUGAAAAGGCCCCUUUAAUCUGACAGUCCAGUUUAAAAUAUAUACCUGUUGGUGUAUCAGGGACGAUAUAAAUUCUUGUAGUACCCGAUAUCUCCUGUGAUAUUGGUUGGUCUGUGACUGUUUGUUUAAGAUUGUUUAUAAAAGGUUAUACAGAUAAUGCACACAUAAGCAUAUGUAUCGUUGUAGAUAUAGCCUGUAAAAUCCUUUUUGCAUAUAGCCUGUAAAAUCCUUUUUGCAGAAGGGAACGUGUAAUGGUUCUGAUAAAGUCUUAAAAGCAAUACACAUUUGUGUUCAAUGGGUGAUCACAAUUUUUUUUAAUUGAUAUUAAACUACUGUGUGGCUCUCGCUCAAACUUUCACUGAAGAAUAACCUAUCGGUGAAUGUCUUGAUGAUCAUAAAUAAUGGAAUUAUGGGUACAACAAUUUUAGGCAGAAUUAUGAAAUAUUAAGUCUUAAAUGUCGAGUUUUUCUAAAAUGUUAUUUAUAUCAUUAAGCAGCAUGUCUGUGCUUGAUAAAAAUAGUGAAUCUGUUAAAUCUCCUCCAUUUUAAGGUAGCAUAAACCUGUCAGCAAAAUAAUCACUAGAAUAAUUAACUCUCAUGUUUGGACUGCUUGGCAUUUGUUCGCUUAAAUAGGAAUAUUUUACCUACCUAUGCAAUUGUUCUAGAUCUUAAUGUUCGAAAAUUUUGACAUUUGUUAAUCAUAUUUAAAUGAGAAAAUGCAAUUAUGUAUUAUAUAUGGUUCGGUUAACUAUUUUUCCCCAAGUUGUAUCUCAGUAUUUGUUUACCUGUUUAGUAAAGUCUUUUUAAUUAUAUCAUAGAGUAUUUAUAUAUGACAUGGUAUUGUAUAUACAAACAUAUACACUUAAAAUGGAUUGGCAGCAAAGAAACAGCUGAAGUUUUAACCAGGGUUGUGUUUUAUCCUUUAUUAUAUUUCAUAUUUUAUGUAUAUUAAUGCUCAUUCUAUCAUAAUUGGCAUUGAUAUUUUAAGUAGGUGUUUAAAUAAAAUGUUAUGGGUUUGUAAGUUGUGAUAAUCAUCCACAAAGUGGGAGGCGUAACGCAUAGCACUUGUCUGUCAGUACGUCUCAGAGCCUGUGUUUUCAACUCCUCUUUAAAUUCUGGAGUGAAUGAAUUUCGAUCAAACUUUCACAGUUAAAUGAUCUUAAGAUGUAGAUAAUGUACAGAUUUUUGCUGAAAGGGUUUAAGACAGAGUAAUGAUCCUAUGUCUGUUUGUCACAUCCUGAAGCAUUUGUCAACUCCACGUUUAAUACUUGGUAAAUCUCACUAAAACUUUCACAGUUAAAUGAUCUAAGAUGUCAAUUAUCGUAAAUAAUAGAAUUUUGGCUGUGCCGUUUAACGGUUGUUUUGCCCUUGGUCUGUUUUUCAACUUAAGAAUAUAUAGUCCCAAGAUUUUGUGUUUUCAACUCCACUUAAACGCCUGCAUGAAUUUUGCUCAAACUGAAUGAUUUAAUGUGCAGAUAGUAUUUAAGAAAGAAAUUUUGGCUGUGAUUUUGUGUAGAACUAUGGCCCUUUGUCGGUUUUUAUGCCCCCGGAUCAAUAGAUCUGGGGUAUAUUCUUUUUGUCCUGUCUGUUUGUCUGUCAUUCUGUCCAAAACUUUGUCCAAAACUUUAACCUUGGUUAAAGUUUGAUUAUGUUGCAAUAUUGAACAUACCAGCUUGAUAUUUACCAUGCAUGUGUAUCCCAUGGAGCUGCUCAUUUUGAGUGGUGAAAAGUCAAUGUUAAGGUUAUCCUUCAAAGUUAAAGGCCAAAUAUCAUUGUUUUUUUCUUUCCUAAAACUUUAACCUUCGUUAAUCUUUCCUAAAACUUUAACCUUCGUUAAAGUUUUAUCAUUUCUUUUUUAAUAUUGAACACAGCAACUUCAUAUUUGGCAUGCAUGUGUAUCUCAUCGAGCUGCACAUUUUGAGUGGUGAAAGGUCAAGGUCAUCCUUCAAGGUCAAAGGUCAAAACUUAAAAAAAUCAUUUCUCCAAUCAAUUUCUUACUUACUUCUCGUGGAGCUGCACAUUUUGAGUGGUGAAAGGUCAAGGUCACCCUUCAAGGUCAAAGGUCAAAAUAUAAAAAACAUUAAUGUUCAUAACUUUUUUAAUAUUGAACACAGCAACUUCUUAUUUGGCAUGCAUGUGAAUCUCGUGGGGCUGGACAUUUUGAGUGGUGAAAUGUCAAGGUCAUCCUUUAAGGUCAAAGGUCAACAAAAAAAAGCUGCGCAUUAUGGGGCAUUGUGUUUCUGACAAACACAUCUCUUGUUCCACUAUGUAAUAUAUUGUCCCAACAUGUUUGUGUUUACAACUGCUUGUUAACUACAUUGUUGAUCUUGCUCAAACUUUCAGAGUUGAAUGACCUUAAUGCGUAGAUGUAUGUAAAAAAAAAAUGUAGGCAAAAAUAUGGUCCCUGUUCAGUUUAGGAAUACAUAGUCCAAAAAUUAAAGUGUUUUUAUGCCCCCGGAUGGAAUGAUCGGGGGCAUAUUGUUUUUGGCCUGUCGUUCUGUCUCAAAACUCCAACCUUGUUUAAAGUUUUGUGAUAACUUUUGCAAUAUUGAAGAUAACAACUUGAUAUUUGACAUGCAUGUGUAUCUCACGAAGCUGCACAUUUUGAGUGGUGAAAGGUCAAGGUCAAUGUCAUCCUUCAAGGUCAAAAGUAAAAGAAUAAAAUCCAAGGGAAGUAAUAAGCUUUUAAAGGGAGAAAAUUUCUAAACCUGCCCAAUGAUAUAUUGAAAUAUUAUUUCAAAGCGGCGCAAUAGAGGGCAUUGUGAGAGUGUUAUGUGUGUGUGUUCCGGGUCUUAAGUACCGGGUGGUGUUGGGAUGUGGGUCGCGCUGAGUGUCUUGUACAUUAGUAAUGUGCGGGACACUCGGCGGGAUCCGCACCUCAUCACAACCUUAAGGUAGAUAGCACAAUAAGGUCUCAUUGGCCAACGUGCACGGAACUCUCUUAAAAAUUAAAAGUAUUUGGCGAAUACCCGGGAAGCCGGGGUAAAUUUGACCUACUUUGGCUCUAAAAUUAAUCUUUUUCCCCUGAAAGGUCACAGGGGCAGGUCGGGCUACAGUAACCUCGUGAAGAGGCCAGUAGGACCUGUAAAUAAACUCUGAAACACACACACGGGCAUUGUGUUUCUGACAAACACAUCUCUUGUUAAUAUAUCUAACUGCUAGGCAGGUUUUACUUUGAUUUUCACAUCUGAAUGACCGUAAUGUGUUUUAAAAGGAAUUUUGACUGCAACAAGUUUUGGUCAGGGGCCUUUACAAGGUUUUCACUAUUAUUCACUAAAGUUCCCUGUUUUGGGUUAGGAGCGACAUACUGCCUUCUUGUUCCCUUUAGAAUUAUAGUGGAUUUGUGUCCAAUCAUGUGUGGUGGGGGCAUCUGUGACACAUUUCUAGUUAAUAUUUGAUAUUAAAAUGUUUAAGCAUAUUUUGUUGGACGUAUUGGCAUAUUAUUUUUAACGUUUGUUUUACUUCAUUUGUUUUAAUGUUUAUAAUGAAUUAAAUUCAAAUGAAUUUUAACUCGCUUGUCCAUGGAAUCCAAGUGCUUAAAACGGAAGCUAUUUCUCUGAUUGACUUGAAAUUUUGCAUUUGUUCUACACAUUGGUUAAUGAUAAUGUAGAUGACAUAUUUGAAAGAUGUUUAGUUUCAUUAAAGGUUAAAUUAAAA